AUGCCAUCUUGCAAUCCUGUCCUCCCUGCAGCAGCAACGGCAUCAUGUCCAGUGACUACCCUGGCCCUUGGCUACACCAGCACAGAGAAUCGGCCUGUCUUCGACUGCAUCACCCCUUGUGAGGACGCCACCGUGACGUUUGGGCGUAACGUCACCACCGACAACAGUAGCAUCUAUCCUGCAAUUGACACUCCUCUCAGUUUCCGUCACCAUGGCAACGGAUACUAUUCUGCAUCUUUGAAUACAUCUUCACAUCAAUCUUACGGUGUAUUCUACUGCGCAGUGACAUCACAAGAUGACCAACGCUCAGUGGUACCUACAAUCUUUGUCAGAUCUGAUGCAAGGUUUAUUCCAACAAACGGUAGAUUUACCAAAACCGUCAACAAGGGCGAUGUGAACGUGACCAUAGAUUUCAGGGAGAUUACCCCGACUGAAGCAGUCAAGAUCUGGAGGUUCCACCCAUCAUCGGAUUCCUCACAGUCAUCUAUCACCUCACCUUCCAAUGAAUCUUCGACAGUGUACACCAUCACAGGAGAGGUAGACAUCUGCCAUGCUGGAGUCUAUGAGCUUCACCUGGAUGGCGAGAGGGACCUGUCUCGUGCAGGAUUGAUGAGACUCCUUGUCAGAGCUUGUCCUGCGGGUCGUUAUAACGUUUCGAGUGGGUGUGUUCAUACGUGUUCAUCGUGCUAUAAUGGAGGAAUAUGUCAUGACCUAACAGGAAAAUGUAUUUGUGCCUUAGGAUUUCGUGGAGAUAACUGUCAAAUUAUUGCUGCUUGCAAUGAAAAGGUUCAUGGUAGUUGCGAAUGGUUUCAUCAUGGAUUUCAAUUCUGUACUCUCGAUCCCUAUGGAUGUUCAUGUUUACCAGGCUACAAAGGAUUGGAAUGUUCAACAGAAUGUGACCAAGGAGAGUUUGGUGCAAGUUGUGGACAGAAAUGUCACUGUAUGUCAAGGGAGUGUGAUCCAUUUAGUGGGAUUUGUACCGGAGUUUCGGACGAAUGUGAACAGGGUUGGGCAGGUCUGAAUUGCCAAGAAUGCCAAAUCGGACGUUAUGGACCAAAUUGCAACUCACAACCAGUCUUCGAGCUCUACAGAAAACUCGGCAAUCAAACAUUCAACAAGAUAAACAUCACUCCAGAUGAAAAAGGUGCAAAGAAUCGCGUUCAAGAAGCUAGAUUUUUGGUUGAUGUGGUCGGACAGGAACUGUUUUACUGCACUCUCUUCGAUGUCAGCCGCUACAGGACUGAGGAUUUAUUGGCUGAUGAUCCUUUCAUUCCACCCGAGAUUCCGAGUCCACCUGUUGUGAGCAGAUCGACCAAUGACUCCGUUUACCUGGUAUGGCACCCAUGGAAUGCUACAACGGAUGUAGGUGAUCCUCCUCUCGUGAGGUAUAGAGUCUUCUACAGGAUGACCAGUUCCCUGUCACAUGACUUUCAAGAACUGGUCAAGACUGAGCUCCUAGAACCAUCCGCAACAGUGGCUGGUCUAAAUCCUGAUACGGACUAUGUCUUUGGUGUGGCAGCGGUGAGGCCUGGACCAGGUGGCCAAGGAACCAGACUGGAUGUUCGAAAUAGAACGAAGUGUUUAUCUCCUUCUGGAAUACCAAUGUCGUUAUCUAUUUCUCCAUCCAAACUUCCAGGAACCAUUCUACUCACGUGGCAGAAUCCGCCAUCUGCCAACGCCAAUUGUCGAAGUGGGUACACAGGUGUAAGAAUCUACUGGGAAGCCGUUAGAUCUGCGUCAACUCAGGCUGGAUACACUGACGCUCAUAUUAGCGCGUCUGACGGUUACACCUUGACUGUACUGGAUCUUAAUACGAGGUAUGUGCUCUCUGCUUCUAUGAUGAAUCGAGAUGGGGAAGGUCCAAGGAGUCAACAAUUAGAGUCUUUAGUUGCUGGAAAGGAAAAUCCUUGGAAGUACUCCUUACCAACUGUUCUCUUAACCAGUAUCGUCCCUGUAGCCAUUGUUCUAUUCUGUGUCGUCUUGAUCCCGCUCCUCUCUCUCAGAAGACGUUUAUGUAACAUCGGAUCACCAACGCAAGAAAAUUAUGCUAUGACCAACCCACAAACCCCAACACAAACCAUUAUCCCGGAAACGGAUACUUACACUGACCUUGCAAUCUAUGAACGAGUAUCCGACAAUGAAUCCGGUUACCAAGAACUUCGUGUAAAGGCAUGCCAACCGGAGAACCGUAACAAGGAUUCGAAGGAUUAUGUGAAUGUUCCAAAAGGUCCUGUUGGUAGAAAAUAUUUCUUGGAGCAAAAUAAGUCCUCUACUGCUCAGUCGUCAGAGCCCAACGAGUGGUAA